UCUUCACUCCCAAACAAGAAAAAGAGACUAUUCAGUUGGGCAGCCUGCCCUUUCUUAUUCCUUCAAUUUCACUAUUCUUUCUUUCUUUAAUUUACUUUUUCGGCACUCCAUCUGCUUUAUAUUCCUUCCUUCUUUUCUAUGUAGUUCCACAUGUCUCCCUUCUUCAUCCUCUGAUCCUCUCUCUCCCUCCCUCCCUCACAUUUAAAAUCAUCCACCACUCAGAUUCUUAAUCUCUGAAAAUCUCCGUAUCUUUGUCCUCAUUUCUUGAAUCACACAACAGGAGAACCAACCUCGUGAGCAUAAUUAGAGCUAGAAAUGGCAACAGAUUCAUCAUCCUCCGAGCAAUUGGAGGAAGAUCUAUCACUAUCCGAUCUUCCCCACAAUUUCACCAAAUCAGAUCGAAACCACUCAACUAGUACUAAACCUGAUAGUGGUAAGGUCAUCGAAGCCGAAGAAGAAUUCGACUUUGGCUCUUCCAUGCGCAGCAGCUCUUUCUUGGCAGAUACAACAAUGUGCACCGCCGAUGAACUCUUUUUCAAGGGACAGAUUCUGCCUCUGCGUCUCUCCGUCAGCUCCGACAGCGGCUUAACCAAGCUGAACCCGGCACAGGGGUUAUCUGUGUUGGGUUCCGAGUCCAUGGACCGACAUGUUCCAUGUUACAUGUCAGGUUUCAAAAGCAUUAGCCACGGCAGAAGCAGUAGCUGCAGCAGUACUAGAAUUAGUCCCAACUCGUCAAGAAGCAACAGCAACAGUAGCAGCUCCACCGCCACAACAAACACUAGCAUUGCGAAUUCGAAGCCAAGAGUAGUACCUGUCCGAAACCAGUUUUACACGCAGCCGAGCCCGAAACCUCAGAUUCAUGUUUCAAAUGGGGGACGGCUAGAAAAAGUAGGCAGCCGAUCGAGCAAGAAAUCGUCGUCGAUAUGGGACUUUUUCCGGUUGGGAUUGGUACGAACACCUGAACAGAACCUUAAUAAGGUACUUCGUAGUAACAGUGCUCGUGUUAAAAGCACAAGAAUUAGUGUCAGUCGCAAUAGCAGCGUUAAUAGCAACAAUAGUACUUCUUUUAGCACCACCAACAACAAGACUACUAGUACGGUUGCCAAUGGUACUAUUAGUGAUGGUGAAAAGAACGUCACUAAUACUACUGCAGCAUUGAACUCGGAGAAGAGUCCACAGAGAUUUUUCAACGGGUGUAAGUGCUCGUUCGAAGCGGUGGCAUCCAAUGCUGUCGUCCCGAAAAGUAGCUUGGCUAUCUUUAGCGAAGCUACGCAUGAGAAGAAAGCCGAUAAAGUAGCGGCAGACUUGAAGAUGAAGAAGAAGAAGAAGAAGAAGAAGAAGAACGGUAGUAAGCAAAAGCAGCUAAAGCAAGACAUGUCGCAUCACAGAACGUAUGAAUGGCUAAAGGGGCUUUAAACCGAUCGCAUGCAAACUUGAUCAUCUUCUAAUUCUUUUGAUAGAUGUUGUAUAAAGUCGAUGUCUUGAUCGAUCAUUAGCAGAUAGUAGUACACUAGUAGUGGACUUUAGAACAAUAUCAUCUCGCAUGCUCUGCAGUUGCUUUAUUUCACUAUCAUUUUGUUUUUGCCUCUUUUUUUUAUUUUUUAUUGUUUCCCUUUAGUUUGAAAUUAAUAUUACCUUAAUACACAUGUAUUGAAGUUUGAAUUUUAAAGUUAGGGCCAGCUCCAUUAUCAAGAAUUAG